CAUCUUUCUUCACUAAUUCAGUUGUUCAAUAACCAAAUGUGAACGCACCGUCGUUUACUUUUUAUCGCCAUUUGAAGAUCCCCCUAUCUCUCUCCUCUCUCAAUAAACUCUUCCAAUCACCAGCGACAAAAUUCUAUUACCAAUUUACAUCAGAAACCCUAGGAUUUCGAUUCAAAUUUAAGUUUUGUUCUUUAUCCCCUUACCAUGAGUUAGCUUUACCACUUUGAAUUCUUUUCAUUCUUUAUUUGGGGGAGGAACUUCCAAAUGGGUCUCUGCAACUCCAAACCCUCCUCGUACCCCAACUCCCCUAAAUCUGAUCCUAUUCCUAAUAAGACCUCCUCAAUUCCAACGAAGGAAAAGCCCAUUCCCGGUGAAAAUAAACCUGUUUCCACUUCUACUUCAGUAAACGGUGAAAGCAACAACCCUAGCAAUGUCGAUGUGCAGAGCAACACCGGCAAUGAAGGAAAAAAGUCUCCGUUUUUCCCGUUCUACAGUCCCAGUCCAGCUCACUACUUCUUCUCUAAGAAAUCUUCGCCUGCGAGAUCUUCGGCCAAUUCCACGCCGAAGAGAUUUUUCAAGCGGCCGUUUCCUCCGCCAUCACCAGCUAAACAUAUAAAAGCGGUGUUGGCACGGCGUCACGGCUCCGUUAAGCCGAAUGAAACCUCCAUUCCGGAAGGCAGUGAAGCCGAAGCGGCGACGGGGCUUGAUAGAAGUUUCGGAUUCUCAAAGAAUUUUAUAAAUAAGUAUGAACUCGGAGAUGAAGUCGGCCGUGGACAUUUCGGGUACACGUGUGCAGCUAAGUUUAAGAAGGGCGAGCUGAAAGGACAGCAAGUAGCUGUCAAGGUUAUACCCAAGGCCAAGAUGACAACUGCAAUUGCGAUUGAAGAUGUGAGAAGGGAGGUGAAAAUAUUGAGAGCUUUGACUGGGCAUAACAAUCUUGUUAAAUUUUAUGAUGCAUAUGAAGACACUGAUAACGUCUAUAUUGUGAUGGAGCUUUGUGAAGGUGGAGAGCUCUUAGAUAGAAUACUUUCGAGGGGUGGAAAAUACACAGAGGAUGAUGCGAAGUCUGUCAUGAUACAAAUAUUAAAUGUUGUUGCUUUUUGCCACCUUCAAGGUGUGGUGCACCGGGAUCUUAAACCUGAGAAUUUCUUGUUUACAUCGAAGGAUGACAACUCGGCGUUGAAGGCCAUAGAUUUUGGCUUGUCAGAUUUUGUAAAGCCAGAUGAAAGACUUAAUGACAUUGUUGGCAGUGCAUACUAUGUGGCACCUGAAGUUCUGCAUAGAUCUUACAGUACAGAAGCUGAUGUCUGGAGUAUAGGUGUGAUUGCGUAUAUUUUGUUGUGUGGCAGCCGUCCUUUUUGGGCUCGAACUGAGUCAGGGAUCUUUCGGGCUGUUCUGAAAGCUGAUCCAAGUUUUGAUGAAACACCUUGGCCUUCUCUAUCUUCUGAGGCAAGAGAUUUUGUCAAGCGCCUGCUAAAUAAAGAUCCACGAAAAAGAUUGACUGCUGCUCAAGCUCUAAGUCAUCCCUGGAUAAAGAACUCCAACUCCAAUGAUGUAAAAGUGCCUUUGGAUAUACUAAUAUUUAAGCUGAUGAAGGUUUACAUGCGUUCAUCAUCUCUUCGAAAAGCUGCUUUAAGGGCUCUCUCUAAAACAUUGACUGUGGAUGAGCUAUUUUAUUUGAAGGAGCAAUUUGCAUUACUGGAACCAAACAAAAAUGGCACUAUAAGCUUUGAAUCUAUUAAAGCGGCUUUAAUGAAACAUUCUACAGAUGCAAUGAAGGAGUCACGAAUUCCUGAUUUUAUGACAUCCCUUAAUGCUCUUCAAUACAGGAGGAUGGACUUUGAGGAAUUUUGUGCAGCUGCUUUAAGUGUUCAUCAGCUAGAGGCUCUUGAUCGAUGGGAACAACAUGCUCGCUGUGCUUAUGAACUUUUUGAAAAAGAUGGAAACAGGGCGAUCGUCAUUGAGGAACUAGCUUCGGAACUUGGCCUUGGGCCUUCUGUCCCUGUUCAUGCUGUUCUCCACGAUUGGAUUAGGCACACUGAUGGAAAGCUGAGCUUCCUAGGGUUCGUCAAGUUGCUGCAUGGUGUGUCUAGCCGAUCCCUUGCAAAAGCUCAAUAGAAGUUUUGUACCCACAUAGAAGCUAAAAGCACUUUUUACUGAAAAGCUGUUUUGGCUAAUAAAAGAAAUGGUG